UCAGGAAGUUCUUCCUAAUGUUUAGGUGGAAUCUUCUUUCUUGUAGUUUGGAUCUAUUGCUCCGUGUCCGCUUCUCUGGAGCAGCAGAAAACAACCUUUCUCCCUCCUCUAUGUGACAUCCUUUUAUAUAUUUGAACAUGGCUAUCAUAUCACCCCUUAACCUCCUCUUCUCCAGGCUAAACAUGCCCAGCUCCCUUAGCCGUUCCUCAUAAGGCAUCGUUUCCAGGCCUUUGACCAUUUUGGUUGCCCUCCUCUGGACACGUUCCAGUUUGUCAGUGUCCUUCUUGAACUGUGGUGCCCAGAACUGGACACAGUACAACAGGUGAGGUCUGACCAGAGCAGAAUACAGUGACACUAUUACUUCCCUUGAUCGUUGCUUCAAGCUACGGUCUUACGGAAAUGUGUGCUUGGGCCCCAGGGCAGCCACCCAAUAUUUUUCUCUUUCGGCUGAGUUUGCCAUAAAUUGGGGUUGUUUUCCAUUCCAGAAACCCUUUAGUCUAUAAGGAUUUCUGCUGUAUUUAUGAAUUAGGCUGCAUAGAUUGCCAUGCCUAACACAUUCAGUACACGGUGAUUUCCUGCAGAGUCUCCUUUCAGCCCAAAACUUCCAGUGUGUGUUUGUUUACCCAGAGAUUUCUGCCAUGAGUCAUAAUUAUGAAACGUAGCAUCAACUCCCUUAACAAAUCCCUGAACAAAAGCUGGUCUCCGUAGCAGUAAGUAUAAAUAGGCAGGAACCAACAAGGGCAAACAGUGCCAGCUCAAGUUUAAGUGGAGAGAAAAUAGACGGAUAGCAAGAGGAGAGGGUCUGCAUCCAAGUCGGUGAUGUCUGGGGCCCAUUUCCACAGCGUCCUGGUCACAGGAGCCAAUCGGGGUAUCGGGCUGGAAAUGGUGAAGCAGCUCCUACAACUACGAGAACCACCAAAAUGGGUCUUCGCCACAUGCAGGGAUCCACAUGGAGGAAGAAGCCAGGUGAGACCGUAGGGAUGGGAAGAGGUUAGUUUCAGUUAAAUGCAAACGUACCUGCUUUGCACUUUCCUGAGUAAUCCGUGAGCUAAGAUGCAGCCACCUUUUUGGAAUUCCCAGUUAAUGAGCAUCCCCAGCCACGUGCUAUGGCAAAGCGUGCAUAUAAUUGCGUAGAGCAGCGAGAAACAACAUACCAAAACACAUUCUAUUAGGGGAAAUUGCUUUGCAUAAAUUGUGCAUGUUAGAAUAAAUCCACACUGAAAUUAUGAAGAAUUCUCAUGAGGACUUUUAAAACAGAAAAAUAGCAAACUGGAAAUAUGGGGCUCCGCUAUACAGCUGCAAAUAAAAGGUUUGUAAAUGUGUGGUAAAGUGAAAUAUACAAUUGCGGUGAGCUAUAGCAAAUUCAAUGCGUUUUUCAAAACAAUUUUUCUUAAAGCAUUUUCAUGACAUUUUUAACGUGGGUAGAUUCCACCAUGGAGAACUAAAGACUGGGGAAAUGAGCAACUGAAAUGGACAGAUUCACUCAUCCCCAACUUCAGAGCUGACCAUCCUUUUAGAAAGUGACAGUUUUUCACGUCCAAUUCCAGGCUGAGAGAGAGAAGAGGAGAUGUGCAAGUUAGUUCCACUCCGUCCAGAAGUUCCAUGGGGCUAAGGGAGAGGGGGUGUUCUUUGUAGCAGCCCCUGAGCUGUGGCAUCCCCUCUCCACAGAAAUGCAUCCAGCACCUUCAGCUCUCAUCGUGUGCUGAAGGCGUGCACCACUUGACCCUGGCUGUUGACCCCUGAGAUGUGUGUUUUUAGGACCCACCCUAUUCUCUUUAUUGUAAAUUGUUUUUACCUCAUUUUAAAAUUAUUACUGUUAUCUUUAAGAUUUAUAAGCUGCCCUUCCUCCUAAAGAAGCCCAGGGCAACAAGCAGCAAGCUAUAAUACAAUUAAAAAAACCCCACAUUUAAAACAUCUUAAAAACCAUUCAAAUACAGCUGCAGGCUGGGAAAGAUCUCAGUUUAAAAGGCUUGUUUGACAGAUUGUGUUUUUACAAAAUAAGAUUGUGUUUUUCCAUUGCUGUAACCUGCCUUGGUACCUUAUGGAGACAGGUGGGUAAGAAAUGAUGAUGAUAAUAAUUAGCAAGCGUUUACCAUCUUUUCGGCUAAAACUGCUCAGCAUAAGCUACAAAUGGAAAGCUCUCCCUUACACCCUGCAUGAGAGGCAGGGAAGGGAAGAUCUUCCAGGGAGGCAGGCUGGGAGAAGGGAAGCUCCCAUGUGAGAGCUGGGAGGGUCUACCACCUUUUGUGUGGAACAAGGGUUAAGAUGCACCUCUGAUAGAGGCCUUUGUGUCUCCACCCUUCUUUGUCCCUUCCUUCCUUUUGUGUGUUUGUCUUGUUUUGUUUUCUCCUUUAUUUUCCUUUUUCAUUUAGAUUAGUUUGGCUUUUAUUUUGUUGAAGAGCUUUGGGUUUUUUGUUUUUAAGAGAAAGCUCUCUAUUCUUUUAUCCUUUCCAAAUGUUUCAUCUGAGAGAGAACCCACAUUUUCUGGUUUCCAUCACUGGUCACCCUGUUCCUCUUUCUUUUGUUCCUAUCUUUGCCUUGUGGGAGUUGGCAGGGGUAGGAGACGGAAUGCCUUCUUCACAUUUUGUUUAGUGUGUCUUUCCAUAGUUCUCAUUUCCGGUACAAUUCCUUCCCCAGGGAUAGAGAGAGGGGGAGAGAGAGAGAGAGAAUGUACUCUACUAUGCUGCCUGUGUGGUAUUGUGGUUAGAGUGCUGGACUAGGACCUGGGAGACCAGGGUUCAAAUCCCCAUUUGGCCAUGAAGCUCACUGGGUGCCCUUGAGCCAGCCACUCCCUCUCCGCCUAACUGACCUCACAUACUUGUUGUGGGAAUUAAAUAAGGGGGAGAACAAUGUAUGUCACCUCAAGCUCCUUAAAGGAAAAAGGUGGGCUAUCAAUGCAAUUAAUAAUAACAGCCAUGUAUGUCCGUUCACAGGUUACACCAGAAGUCUGUGAGGUCCUUGGGGGCCUGGCAUUUAUUCAGUAUCUGCAGAGUUGUAUGUCUGCUGUCAUUCUGCAGCAGCAGAAAAAAACAAGCUUCUUGAGAUUCUCACCUUUCUGACUCCUGUGGCUUCGAAAAAAACUGUGAAGCCAGUCAAUUUCUGCUAAAAUCUCAGAAGCCAGAGGCUGAGUAACAGUGAGCAGUCUAGAGUGCCCCAUAUAACUCAAACGAGAGCAAAACAAUUUGUGCAAAAUAAGUGAAAUUAUGCAAACAUGCUCGGGCCUCAGACUUUUCUGGGUCUAGCAUUUGACAUUUUUACAGCAGCACUGAGGCAGCCUUGAGGGUUUGUUUCGCACAUGACCCCCUUUUUCUCCUUUUAGGAACUGAGAUCGCUGGCUUCUAAACAUCCCUGCCUCGUGAUUCUGCAGCUGGGUAUGACUUUCGUUUUAUUUAUUUUCUUCUAUUCCAUUUCAGUUCUUUAAUCUUAGAACUGCAGAAACCAACAUGCCCUGUGGCUCCAUUUAGGGUGGAUAGCUGAACAUUCAUUUAUUAAGUGCCUCCUGUCACAAUGUGUUAGUUAUGCUCCAGGCAGAAUCCUCACAUCUCUUUGCUCUGUUCAUUUUGAAGGGCAAAGGCUUAUUCAGGGUGGCCUCCUGCAGAGGUGGGGCAAGGUCAUUUCUACUCACUCAGGUACUCAAGGUAGAUCAGUCUCCCUCAACCUGGGAUCCUCCACUUGUUUUGGACUACAACUCCCAUCUGCACUGUACAUUUAAAGCACUACUUUAGCCAUGGAGCCAUGUGUUCGUUGCGCCCCAGGGGAAAGACUUAUUCAGGGAGGCCACCUAUAGAAAUGGGGCAAGGCCAUCUGUACUCACAAGUACUCAGUGUACAAGGUCCUCCGCUUCUUUUGAACUACGACUCCCAUCUGCACUCUACAUUUAAAGCACUACUUUAGCCAAGGAUUUCCCCCAAGGAAUCCUGGGAACCAUAGUUUGUUAAGGGUAUUGGGAGUUGUUAGGCAAGACCCCUUGUCUCCUCACAGAGCUACAGUUCCCAGAGUGGUUUAACAAUCCAUCCUUCCUCUAGAGGACUCUGGGAACUGUAGCACUGUAACAAACUACCGUUCCCAGGAUACUUUGGGGGAAGCCAUGCUUGUUUAAAGUGGUGCAAAGGUGGCCCUUGGCAGGUUUUUAAAUAAAUAAAGGUAGGAUUAUUUGCCAGGCACAAGCAUGUAUAUUGAAGAGGAUUAUAAAGUUUGUGCCAGUUAACUAUCACUCCCAGAUUAACUGAGUGGCUUCCAUACAAAAGGCUGUAGCUGUUCUGGCAGGCCCGCAUUACAGUACAUCUUCCUGAGAGUUGUAUUAGGUUUGUUUGCAUUAGCUGAAUUUUGAAAGAUUCGGGGCACACAACAGAAAGUGCUUUUUCAUGCAGUGCAUAAACAGGAGGCAAAGAUGGCUGCCAAGAGGAUUAGACAAAUUCAUGGAGGAAUCGGGUAUCAAUGGCUACUAGUCACCAUGGGUAAUGCCUCUGCGUGCUAGUUGCUGGAAUCGCAGAUGGGGGGGGAGAGUGGUGCUGCGUUUUAUAAAAAUAGCAGUAUUCUCCUCCUGUGAGUUCCAACAUUUUUGAGAAUGCAAGCCCCAGGCUUCACUGAAGAGAUGAGAAACAGGUUGUUUUCUUUUCAAAAACCUUCUUUUUAAAAGCUUUUUUUAAGUGGAGUUCUUUAAUCUGGUCAGUAUCCGUGCUGGAUUUGAAAUAGCUUUUCCACAUGGAAUUGUUUUUAGUUGUUUAUAUAUAUGGAAUUCCUUACAUCUGGAAAUUGUUUUAUUUCUAUUGUCAUUGCUUUUAUUGUUCAUGUUUUUACUAUGAAAUCACUUUGAGGUUUGUGGCUGUGGUUCCCAGACUCUCCCCAUGCCACAAGACUAUUUGAAAAUCACUGAAGGUGAUUGAAAAUCACAGACCACUUAACGAUAUUUCUGCCUCUUGUCCCAAUCUUAAUGUGCUGGGCUGGAUGCACGGCUUUUAACUGAAUUUUAGUUGCUUCUUUUAUUUCUUGUAUAUUGUGUUGUUGUUUUUAUUGUGUUACAAUCUGGAACAAGAUGAUGGAGGAAAUAGUGGAGAUGGACUGGUGUAGAUAAAUGGCAAGAGGGGCACCUGCCUGAUAUGCCAUGGCACAUAUAUAAUAACAGCACAAAGAGCCUGCCUGCUAGAUGAAGCCAGGGGCCCAUCUAGGCCAGCAUCCUGUUCUCACAGUGGUCAACCAGAUGCCUGUGGGAAACCACAAACAGGACCCAAGCACAAGAUCCCUCUCUCCCAGUGGUGGAGGAAAGGGGGUGUGGGGGUGUGGCCGGGCCCAGGUGUCAUCACUGGGUGUGGAUGUGUGACACAAUGAGUUAAAAAAAUAAUUGGGCUCACGAAACGUUUUAGGAGUGAUGUGGUGGCUUAGGAGCCUGCAGGUUCCGCGCUACCAGAAAUGGCAGCAUGGGACUUGCACCUGCCUACUGCCUCUCCCUCAGUCGCCCUACAGCUGAGGGGGAGAUGAUGGCUCUCUCCUCCUACGGUUUCCAGCAACUGGUAGAGGCAGAGCAUAACCAUCAUGCCUAGUAGCCAUUGAUAGCUUUUUCUUCCAUGUUCACCUUUGACUUUCCCUCUCUCCAAGGGCCCCCUAAUGCCUUUCUCUCCUGUGUUGCUGUUUCCCAGGUUCUAUAUCCCUGGAUUAACAUGACCUGUAUUUGAUACCAUCAUGCUGGGCAUUACUUGAAUCUGAUCAUGGGCUCAUCCAACCCAGUAUCAUUUAUUAUUAUUAUUAUUAUUAUUAUUAUUAUUAUUAUUAUUACUAUUACCCAGCCCAUCUAGAUGGGUGGCCCCAGCGCAGCUUCCAACACAUAUAAAAACAUAAUAAAACGUCAAACAUUUAAAACUUCCCAAUACAGGGCUGCCUUCAGAUGUCUUCUAAAAAGUCAUAUAGUUACUUAUCUCCUUGACAUCCGAUGGGAGGGUGUUCCACAGGGAGGGUGCCUCUACUGAGAAGGCCCUCUGCCUGGUUCCCUGUAGCUUCACUUCUCAUAGGGAGUGAACUGCUAGAAGGCCCUUGGAGCUGGAUCUCAGUGUCCAGGCUGAACGACAGGAGAGGAGAUGCUCCAGGUAUACAAGGGAUUGUCUGUGGUUGACGGGCAGAGGCUUUUGCCUUGAGCAGAGAACUCUUUCUCAGUCUUGAUGGGGACAAGGCUGAAGAGGAUGAGGGAAAGAACAAGUGUGACCAAACCCAUGGAGAACAGCUGUAGCUCUUUGCCAUGCAGAUGGUCCCAGGUUCAGUUCCCCGGGCCCAGCUUUUCCAGGUUGUCCUGGGAAAGUCUUCUCUCUGAAGCCCUGGAAAGCUAUAAAGGGGAGGAAGGUGUUUCCAUGACAAAUCCUGUGCCCUCUUUCCACAGAGUCCACGGAUGAGGCUAGCAUCAAGGCUGCUGCGAAGGAAGUUGAGGUCCACCUGGCCGGAAGUGGACUAAAUCUGCUGAUCAACAAUGCAGGCAUCAUGCCCCCGAGCACCCUGGAGUCGGUGGACAAAGAAGAUAUGCUGAGUGUCUACCGUAUCAAUCUCAUUGGCCCAAUGCUGGUGACACAGGUAGAGCUUAUCCUCAUACUUUGCUAGAGGUGGCAUCCAUUCUUCUGGGCAAAGAAGGGAGCAGCAGGUGAAAGGAGAUGUUAAAAGGCUCCCACAACUUUAACGGAAAGCUCUCCAUGCUUAUUUCCUUACAUUGAAUUUCCUGAGACAGGGGCUUGUCUUCCUAAUACCCUGCCACACUCAGAGCGUAUUGACCAAGAAAGAGAGGGGGGCAAAAUAUGCAGGAGGGGUCCAGCCAAGGAGAAGUUGAGAACCAAGGAUGGAGGGCCUGGGAAGGGGACAAAGGGACUGCCCACGCCUGUCUUCCUUUGCAGGCAUUUCUGCCCAUGCUGAAGACGGCUGCUAAGAAGAGCAACAGGAAGGGGCUGAGCUGCAGCAGGGCUGCCAUCAUCAACGUCUCCACCAUCGGCAGCUCAAUCGGGAGACCCCCUUCUAUGGCCAUGUUCCCCGUCAUUUCUUACCGCUGCAGCAAGGUAACGUGGGCAGCACAGCCUCUCCUGCCUGCCUGCAUCUUGGCCAAUCUGUGCAAGUGGGGCAGGGUCAGCAACAGGGAGUGGGGCCAGGGACAGUUGCCGCUGACAUCACUGUGGCCUCCUGGGAGGGGUGAAUUUAUAGUGCAAAUUCCAGCACUGACCGCAGCCCUUGUUGCACAUAGUUAGGAACUGGCUCCCACAAGGUGCAGAGUGAUGGCCACCAAGCAGGAAGGCUUCAAAAGGGGAUUGGACGAAUGGGUGGAGGAGGGCGGAGCUACUCGCGGCUGCUAGCCACAAUGGCUAUGUAUUGCUUCCACUGAUGAAGGCAGCAUGCCUCUCUUAGCAGCUGACAAUCCGUGUUGCCCGCAGGCCCAGCUUGUGGGCUCCCUGUUGGAGCAUCUGGUUGGCCACUGUGGCAAAGAGGAUGCUGGACCAGAUGGGCUGCCGGCCUGAUCCAGCUGCGUGACUCACUAGUUUACCCUGUAACCUCCACGGUGCUGCUGCUUCUGUCUUUCUUCAGACGGCGCUGAACAUGCUCACGCGGUGCCAGUCGCUGGAGUACAAGGAUGACGGGAUCCUUUGCGUUGCACUUCACCCAGGAUGGGUGAAGACGGAAAUGGGAACAGAGAAGGUACGUAGUGGCAAAAUCGCAGUUGGUCAUUAGAUCAGGAUGUGGUAAAAGAGCGGAGGAGGAGCAAGAAGCACAGCUUGCAAACUAGAGCAGUGGUUCCCAAUUGAUUUCGGGCCACCGCCCUGUUUGUUCCAUAAACUCAUCCCCAGGGGCCCCUACCCUACCAAAAGCCAGAAUAGUGGUUUGCAUGACCCACCAAAGAAGAUAGUAACACAAUAAAACUCACAGCAGUAAUAACUAAUUGCACAUUCAUACUGGCUUUUCAGAGUCUGAUAAUUCACACCCCCAGUACUCCCCCUGCCUCUCCUAGGUCAGGGGUUUUCAACCAGUGUGCCGUGGCACCCUGGGGUGCCAUGGUCAGGGGUGCUGUGGGCAAUACUGGCCUCUGUCUCUCUUUCCUUCCCUCCCUCCUCUGAUGCCCUCUCACGUCUCUGCCUCCCCAAGGCUUGCAUGGCUGUUUGUUGCAGCAGCCCUGGCUGCAUGUUCUGCAGGCAAAUGGUGCCUCUGGGGCUGGCCAGGGGGUGCUGGUUGCCAGGAGGUGGGGGAGCCUUGCAGUAAGCAAGCAACCAGGUGAAGGAGCCUAACCAGCCAGUCCGCCAGCCCUUGCUGCUGGGAAUGAACAGACAAGGGGGAAAGGCACUGGCCUUUCUUGUGCUUGCUGUGUGCCAUGCCUGCCUGGGAGCUGAGUGCCCUGUGCUGAAGGGGAGCCUUUCUGCCAAGCAGGCCUGGCAGCGCCUGCUGCCGCCCCCCAAAGUAAGGUGCUAGCCCCAUGUUCACCUCUGGCCAGUCUCAGUUGGGCCACUAAGGCUAGGGGCAUCCUCUUCCCAGGCCCGUGGGGCAGUGUGAGGAGGCACCUCUCUUUGGGGCAGCGGGGGGAGUUCAGAGACCAGGGGUGGCAGCAGUGGCUGCUGAGAGGACUCUCAAAGGGAGGAGGCUGAGGAAACACUCCACAAAGGAGGGUGUCUGAAAAGGGUAAGAGGCUGCUAACUCUGCGGGCAAGGGGUGGCAAGGGACUCCUGAGCCCUACAGGGGUGCCACAGAAAGAAUGUAGUUGGUAAAGGGAGUCAUGGACUCAAAAAGGCUGAAAACCUCUGCCCUAGGUAAUCCUGCCAUCCCCCAGAGGGCAAUACUGCCCACUUUGGGAACCACUGAACUAGAGGGAAUUAGAACCAGGGGUUGGGUCGCAUAGCUUGAACCAAUACCCAGAAUCUGGCCUUUUUCACCCAAGUUGCCAGGAAGGAGGUGGCCGGGGUCUUUUCUCUGCAGAAAAGUCUCCAUUCUUGGGACUUUCUCGCAUUUCCUCCACUUGGCCCUGCUCAGAAGUGAAAUUUAUCCAGCCCUGUGGAAGGUUGGUUCCUGGCAAUCUGAAGCCUUUAGCAGCCAUGGCCCCCACCCAGGUCUUCUUGUGAUUUUUUAAAAUUAAUAAACUGUUCCCCAUAACUAUGCUCAGAGCGGCAAAGAAACUGCCAGCAGGGCAUCCAUAAAAUAGAAGCUUCUGCAGCUCAAGGUGUCUGGCAACACCUGGUGCCCCCACCUUUCCUUUCCCAAGUGGCCCAAGUCUGGUGUCCUCGUGGCGGGUUUUGGUUUGGAUUUUCAAUGCAAAAACAUGUUUGCACAUUGCAGGCGGAACUGACGGUGCAAGAGAGUGUGCAGGGGAUCAUCCAAGUGCUUUCCAGCAUCAACGAAGAGAAAAAUAGCCGCCUGGUGGACUGGGAGGGGAGGAUUGUGCCCUGGUGAAGCCAGCAGCCAAAGAGAGAACUCUCUCAAUGGAUGUGUCUGUGUGUCCCAACCCAGAUCAGCUACAAGUAAUGUGGUUGCAUCUAGCUGCCAUGACAGCACUUACAAGAAAUAAAUCGCAUGGCUUUCAUAACCUG